ACCCAGUAGAGUAGCCUUUGAGACGUUAGGAAAAGUGGUUUAAAUUGGGUGCAGGCGGACCCAGAGGGGCGUCGGGGAAGAAGGGUCAGCCAGUGGAACUGAGGCACCCCAAAAGUUCAGGGUCAGGACCCAGCCGAGGACCCUGGGUACUCAGGGUCUGAGUGAACGAACUCCCGCGGAGUGUUGAACUCGGUCCCACCCAGGCCCCCGAUCUAGGUCACCCGCGGGGAAGAGCUGCGCUGGGGGCUGUCUGCUCCGGAGGUGGGCGAGGGGUGGGUUGAUUCAGACCCUGCCCCUCGCUCGCUCUUCCACUAGAUUGUAAUUCCAUCUCCGGCGGGUCGAGCCGCCCUCCCUCGGGCUGCCAGUGCGUCCCUCCCCUCGGCCUCCAGCGUCCACUCCCCAGCCUCGAAACGCUCUGCCGCUGCGAGCCCGCUCCACUCCAGCAGCCAGCCUCCCAACUGCCGCCCUGCCUCCUCGGACCCCCGAGCGGGCUCCCCACCUUCUCACCCUCGCCUCCCUGGCGUCCUCCACGUCCCCCCAGGAGACGCCCUUUCCCUGAGAGCCCGGGACUUGGCGAAACUUUGCAGACACCGUCUCUGAGAUGGAUUUAAUCCCAACCUUCUUGCUCCAUUUCUUGCUCCUGGCCUGCAGCCUCCCACCCGGCGCCGUGUCACUCCGAACCGCUCUGCGAAAAUCAGGCAAGAUGGGCCCUCCUCUUGACAUCAAGCUGGGAGCCUUGAACUGUACAGCUUUCAGCAUCCAGUGGAAGACACCGAAGCAUUCUCGUAUCCAUAUCAUUGGGUACACAGUGUUUUACUCUGAGGUUGGUUCAGACAAGUCCAUCCGGGAGCGGUCCCAUAAUGUACCUGUUGGCCAGGAUGCCCAGAUCACUGAGGAAGUGAUUGGAGACUUGAAGCCAGGCACUGAAUAUCAAGUCAGCAUAGCAGCUUACAGCCAGACUGGCAAAGGGAGGCUUAGCUUUCCUCGGCAUGUGACCACUCUGUCUCAAGAGUCCUGCCUGGCCCCUGCAGCACCGCAGCAGCCACAUGUCCUUGUGGUUUCUGAUUCUGAAGUGGCCCUCUCUUGGAAACCUGGGAAGAGCAAAGGAAGUGCUCCGAUUCAGUCCUACUCAGUGGAAUUCAUUAGGCCAGAUUUUGACAAGAGCUGGACCAUAAUCCAAGAGCGGCUACCGAUGGAAUCCUUGGUUCUCAAAGGCCUUGAUCCAGAUACCAGCUACCAGUUUGCUGUGAGAGCCAUGAAUGCCCAUGGCUUCAGUCCACGCAGCUCGCCCAGCAACACCAUCCGAACCCUGGGUCCUGAGGAGGCAGGAAGCGGCCACUAUGGACCUGGGUAUAUCACCAGUCCCGGAGUGGGUGAGGAUGAUGAUGGAUCUGAAGACGAGCUUGAUCUGGAUAUGUCCUUUGAGGAGGUUAAACCCCUUCCUGCUACCAAAGCUGGGAAUCAGAAGCACUUGGUGGCAUCCAAGAAGACAUCUGUCUCUAACCCAGAGACGGCUUCCAGGCUUGCACAGCCUACCUCAGCAACUCUCCCUGAAACUACAGUAGCCGCCCCACCCACCCCAGCCCAGCGGAAAGGGAAGAAGAGUGCGGCCAUGAGGUCAAGGCUCUUUGACAUGUCCUGUGAUGAAACCAUCUGCUCUACUGACAGCUUCUGUGUCAACGACUACACCUGGGGAGGCUCACGGUGCCACUGCAACCUGGGCAGAGGCGGCGAGGGCUGCUCAGAAGAUAUCUUGAUUCAGUAUCCUCAGUUCUUUGGCCACUCCUACGUAACCUUUGAGCCCCUGAAGAACUCUUAUCAGGCAUUUCAGAUUACUCUGGAAUUCAGGGCAGAGGCGGAGGACGGCUUGUUGCUCUACUGUGGGGAGAAUGAACACGGCAGGGGUGACUUCAUGUCCCUGGCUCUCAUCCGACACUCCCUCCACUUCAGGUUUAAUUGUGGAACUGGGGUUGCAGUCAUCGUAAGUGAGACCAAAAUCAAACUUGGGGCCUGGCAUACAGUGACAUUGUACAGAGACGGGCUGAAUGGGCUGCUGCAAUUGAAUAAUGGCACCCCAGUGACAGGCCAGUCCCAGGGCCAGUACAGUAAAAUUACCUUCCGGACACCUCUGUACCUUGGUGGCGCUCCCAGCGCUUACUGGCUGGUCAGAGCGACAGGGACAAACCGUGGCUUCCAAGGCUGUGUGCAGUCACUUGCUGUGAAUGGGAAGAGAAUCGACAUGAGGCCCUGGCCACUGGGAAAAGCCCUCAAUGGGGCUGAUGUUGGGGAGUGUAGCAGUGGGAUUUGCGAUGAGGCUUCCUGCAUCAACGGAGGCACCUGCGCAGCCAUCAAAGCCGACUCCUACAUCUGCCUCUGUCCUCUUGGGUUCCGGGGCCGACACUGUGAAGAUGCAUUCGCCCUGACCAUCCCUCAGUUCAGAGAGUCGCUGAGGUCCUAUGCCGCCACGCCCUGGCCCCUGGAGCCUCAGCACUAUCUUUCCUUCACCGAGUUCGAGAUCACAUUUCGGCCAGACUCAGGGGAUGGUGUCCUCUUGUACAGCUAUGACACCGGCAGCAAGGAUUUUCUGUCCAUCAUUAUGGCUGCUGGCCACGUGGAAUUCCGCUUCGACUGUGGUUCUGGGACUGGCGUUCUCAGAAGUGAGGAUCCCAUCACCUCGGGCCAAUGGCAUGAGCUACGUGUGUCUCGAACGGCGAAAAAUGGCAUCCUCCAGGUGGACAAGCAGAAGGUAGUAGAGGGGAUGGCAGAGGGAGGCUUCACCCAGAUUAAGUGUAAUACGGACAUUUAUAUUGGCGGAGUCCCAAACUACGAUGAUGUCAAGAAGAACUCAGGCAUCCUCCAUCCAUUUAGUGGGAGCAUUCAGAAGAUCAUCCUAAAUGACCGGACCAUCCACGUGAAGCAUGACUUUACAUCUGGUGUGAAUGUGGAAAAUGCAGCCCACCCCUGUGUGGGGGCCCCCUGUGCCCAUGGGGGCAGCUGUCGGCCCAGAAAGGAGGGUUAUGAGUGUGACUGUCCCUUGGGCUUCGAGGGCCUCAACUGCCAGAAAGAGUGUGGGAACCACUGCCUCAAUACUAUUACAGAAGCCAUCGAGAUCCCGCAGUUCAUCGGCCGCAGUUACCUGAUGUAUGACAAUCCGGAUAUCCUCAAGAGGGUGUCGGGAUCAAGGUCCAAUGCAUUCAUGAGGUUUAAGACAACCGCCAAGGAUGGCCUGCUGCUGUGGAGGGGAGACAGCCCCAUGAGACCUAACAGUGACUUCAUUUCCCUGGGCCUUCGGGAUGGAGCUCUGGUAUUCAGCUACAACCUGGGCAGUGGUGUGGCAUCCAUCAUGGUGAAUGGUUCCUUCAGUGAUGGUCGGUGGCACCGAGUCAAGGCUGUCAGGGACGGCCAGUCUGGGAAGAUUACAGUGGAUGACUAUGGAGCCAGGACAGGCAAGUCACCUGGCAUGAUGAGGCAACUUAACAUCAAUGGGCCUCUCUAUGUGGGUGGAAUGAAAGAAAUCGCUCUGCACACGAACAGACAAUACAUGCGAGGCCUCGUGGGCUGUAUCUCUCACUUCACACUGUCCACUGAUUACCACAUUUCCCUUGUGGAAGAUGCUGUGGAUGGGAAAAACAUCAACACUUGCGGGGCUAAGUAACACAGCUGGCCUUGACCAGGGGACAUAGCCUCUAUCCUGAUCAUCCCAGGGGCCCAGAGACCCUGCCUGAUGCUGCACAGAGAGAGAGGUCUGGGGGUCAGGUGUGUUCACUCUCAUCAAGGACAAAGUACACCCUGAUGGGAGCCAGGCCUGAAGGCCCUGGGUGGCCUUUUCUGCAAACACUCUGUGGACCAAACUCAGUGGACUACUGUGAUUAGGAAGCAUCGGUCUUUGUCGUUCAACAUAUAGAGUCUGUGAGAGAUCAUACGUCAAUGCAAGUUCCAGAAAUUCUCUGCUGCAGCUCAAUGGCUAUGUUGUGUUAAAGAGAAUGAAGCAGUACUGAGAGAGAGAGAGAGAGAGAGAGAGAGAGAGAGAGAGAGAGAGAGAGAGAGAGAGAGGAGAAAGACAGAAACAGAGAGAGACAGAGAACCACUACCACCACCACCACCACAGAACAGUAUUAAAAUACUUCUGCCCUUCCCUGACUUUUGACACUAGCAGAAUGACUGUGUUACCCUGAACUUCAUACUUCCAAUCUUGGCCUAUGGAUUGUGUAGAUUAACCCCUUUCAUUCCUCACUGACUCAAUGUGCUCUGACUAGUCCAUGAAAAUAAAGGUUGAGGGGGUAUUAAACAUAGAAUCAUUAUCAUACCGGGGCCCCCUUUCCAAGCUUACCUCUAAUGCAAAUGUUCCUUUUAUGAUGCAAAUUGAAGAAAAUGGGUCCCCUGAUUUUGUAGCUGUACUUUUGUACAUGUCUAUUUUUAUAGCCAUAGACUGUCCACACUUACAGUGUGCUUUUGAAAGUUAGGGGGGGUGGAUCUUAAUUAUAGCACCCUUUCCUAAUAAUUUUCUGUCAAAGGAGAUGUGAUUGGGCCAUUUGUAGUGUCAGUGGAACGGUAGAGAGUGAGUAGGGUGGGGCCACUGGGAGCAGUGACUGUUCUCUCUCAGUGCUCGCUCACAGCUGUCCCAAGUGACGAGAUUAAAAGGAGGUGGGUCAUUAUUGCCAUGUUGUUUUAAGAGAGGGAAAGUAUCUGUAAUUAAAAAAAAAAAGAAAUAAAGGGGAUGAGGAAGAACUCCUUCAGUCAUUUGUGGAGAUGGGACUGAUCUUGCAGAGGCCACACCUACAAAGGGACAACAAGGCUACUGGAGAGUCCAAGGGUCUGUGGUGUGGGGGUGUGCCCUCAGCAGGAUCCGAGGAUCUGGGCCAGCACAGAGAAGGGCACCUUCUCCUUCUGUGCUUCUGUGCCAUCGCCUGUGCCCUGUGCUAUGCAUGCACAUGACUGCAGACAGCUGACUCCCUGGCGGGUCCCCAUGACAGGACUUACUGAGGGAAAGGUGAGAUGAACGAUGCCCCUCUGAGUGGAAGGAAAUCUGAUCCGGCUCCUGAAGAGCCUAUAAUUAGUCUCAGGCAUGACUCUUUUCUUGUUUGUGCAGCAUCCAUUCAGCAAAGACUUGAGCUCGGUGCAAAGCACAGUUUCAGGCAUAUCAAGAGAUGGCUAAAUAAGCCAGAGAACCUUGCCCCAUGCCCCAACCCUCUGCCUCUUAGGCGCCCUUCAUGACAAGGGAUAACAGAGCAACAGUCACAGUGAUCUUCCUCUCCUGCGAUGUCACCUGGUAAAUGCCAUCUGAAAAGAGGCAUGGGGUACAGUGUGAGCCCCAUAACCUCUCAGUCACCCUCACCUCAACACCUCUUCCUGGAGGCUGCAAGGCCAGGACUUCCUAUAAUGAAAUAGAGUUGUUUUUUGUAGCACAUUUUGAAUGGAUUGCCUCUGGGGGGAAAAAAAAAGAUAAACGUUGUGAUUUUAGCAAACUAUCCAGCUGAACAGAGGCCAGAGAGCUGUCCUUUGGAUGAGUUGUUCUGUGCAAGUGUUAUCCUAGGAAAAUGCAGUGACCCAGGGAUGAGGGCCUGGGAGUGUGUGUUGAUUCUGAAGUCCUCUCUGGGCGGGGAAGGGGAGGUGGUGACAGUGAUGGGGUGAUGGGCUACAGGCCGUAAGGGUCCUCUAGGUGCAAAAGUGGUGCAGUAGAAGGACUCAAAGGGGCAAGGAGUCUCAGGGUCUGGGCAGAUGAUAGGAGAUGGAGGAUCAUGGCUCUCCCAUCCUCUCCAGGCACAGUGGAAUGAGUUUAUAGCAGAUGUAAUUAUGAGGCUCAAGUCUUUAACCUCUAGCUGAGAGAUUAGGCCUCACUCCGUACUAAUGGGCAGGAGAUCUGGGAAGAGCUUAGCCUGGACUUACGGGUAUUUUGCUUUUAUUUCUAAGUGUAGCUAUUAUCUCUUGCCACAAUAAGGCUGUCUAAUACCCAAACUCCGCCCCUGCCUGUGGUUCACAGCAGUAAGUUGCUCCUGUGCCUUGAGUGGCUGGCCUGGAGGCCCUACCCACUUUGGUGGUCUUGACAAGGUGCUUCUCCAAGUCUUUGCUGGAGUCCCUCAUAUGCAGAGCAACUGGGAUGAUAAGGGGACUUGGAUCUGCUGAUUGUGGCCCUCAUCUUGCUGCACCCAGUUGGCUAGUCUGGUCACGCCUGUCUCAUGACAGUGGGGGAGAGUAGGAACUAAAUUAGAGAGCAGUGCCAGGCAACCUAGGCUCAUUUCCCCUGCAUCCCCUUGACAGCUACAGAUUUGAGAAAUAAAAUGAUUUCCUUCA